AUGGCAGCGAGCCAAAUUGCCGCGCAAGCAUCGCGCGAACAACCAACACGGAUGAUGAAAUCGCGCCAAGCUUUGGUUUCCGUACCUGAACAGAUUCAAACAGCCUGUACGCCUAUUGCCCGCAGUGCAUACAGUGGAAAAGGUUUGUCCGCGUCCAUAAAUGUUGCACUAGAGCCCAGUUCCGAAGAACAGAAUUUCAUGAUGCCCAUAUGUUGCAUGCCCCCCCCCUUAAGGGGUUUGGUGACAGCACUGGGGAAUUUGGCACCCGAAGUGGACGCGGCUCUUGCCACCGCCUCAUCCCCCUCGCCGGCACCGCAGAAGACGGAAGAAUGUAAGCCCCCCUCCUCCCUCUCCUCCCCCUCCCGCUACUCUUCACCCUUAUCACCUCCUCUCCUUUGCCGCCUUGAUUACGCUUUACUGGCCAUCACCGCCUGCAAGGCGUCAGUCAUUGGGUUGUUUGAAAUCCGCAUGCUCUCUUUCCUCUACGAGUUGCUUAGAGGCAUGUACAGUCUUUCCGACUCCGCCUUGGCACUGGCAGUCGACUGCAUUACCUUGAAAGGGCAGGGCGUAUGCCCACCCAUGCUCCUCCCGCCGCCCUACCCUCCCCCGCUCCCCCUCUCUUUUCACUCCGACUCCUGCCCACCAGUCCCCGUCAAUCAGGUGUGGUCCGUGUUGUGCGCGCCAACGGGCGAGGUCAUUAACUAUGCAAUUUUGCUUUUGCCUCCCAAUUCGGCGUCGUCUUUUAUGCUCAGCGCAGCCACCCCGGAGGAAUUGCUUGUAUGGCACGCCCUCCCCGUUCCCGGCAUGCCUCGGAGAUAG